AUGUCGAUACCGGAACUUAUACAAGCGAUUAUGCAUCCUAUCAAGGAAAUCCCAAAAUAUGCUCAUCAGGGUAACGUUAACACAAUGAAUGAACAGUUGAAUCCACCGAGUCACGACCAAGUCGAUACCCACGCAAGUCCGCUCCCAGUAUCUUUUCAGACACUAUGUGGCCUCUCCAUCCCUCAUUCUGAUACGACGAACGACGGUCCAACAGAUAAUAGCUUUCAACAUCUUGGUGUGUUUACACAAAUGCCCACAAGCCACGAAUACGUUGUUAUGAGAGAAGAGCGUACUCGAGAUAGACAAGUUAAUUUGCAAACCCAAUCUCAUACUCACUGGAUAUCAAAGUAA